ACAAGCAGAGGAAGGCAAACUUGAUCCAGUAGUUGGGAGGCAGCCACAAAUUGAAAGAGUUACACAAAUAUUGGGACGCCGCACAAAGAACAAUCCUUGCCUUAUUGGUUAGCCUGGAGUAGGAAAGACAGCUAUUGCUGAGGGACUUGCUCAAUGAAUAGCUUCAGGAGAUGUUCCAGAAACAAUUGAGGGUAAAAAGGUUAUUACUUUAGACAUGGGGUUACUUGUUGCAGGUACCAAGUAUCGUGGAGAGUUUGAGGAAAGACUAAAAAAAAAACUUAUGGAUGAAAUCAAACAGAGUGAUGAGAUCAUACUCUUCAUAGAUGAAGUCCAUACUUUAAUUGGAGCAGGUGCAGUAGAAGGGGCAAUUGAUGCGGCCAAUAUCCUAAAACCAGCUCUCGCACGAGGUGAACUACAGUGCAUUGGGGCAACCACCUUGGAUGAAUAUAGAAAACACAUUGAAAAAGAUCCCACUCUAGAGAGAAGAUUUCAACCCGUACAAGUGCCAGAACCAACUGUAGAUGAGACGAUACAGAUAUUGGCAGGACUACGUGAACGAUAUGAACUUCAUCAUAAGCUUCGUUACUCUGAUGAGGCUUUAGAGUGUGCUGCCAAAUUAUCACAUCAAUACAUCAAUGAUCGUUUCCUCCCUGACAAAGCAAUUGAUCUAGUUGAUGAGGCUGGCUCUCAUGUGCACCUCCGCCAUUCACAGCUUCCUGAAGAAGCAAAAGAACUUGACAAAGAACUGAGGCAGAUUACAAAAGAGAAGAAUGAAGCUGUUCGAGGCCAAGAUUUUGAAAAGGCUAGAGAGCUACGGGAUCGUGAGAUGGAACUGAGGGCACACCGUUUGCAGGAGGAGUAUACUAUGGCAAACUUAAAUUUCCACCUGAGUACCCAUGUAAGCCUCCAGGCAUCAGCAUGAUUACACCAAGUGGGCGCUUUGCAACUCAAAAGAGGAUAUGCAUGUCUAUGAGUGAUUUUCAUCCAGAAACAUGGAAUCCUAUGUGGUCUGUCUCAAGCAUUCUAACAGGACUUCUUUCCUUCAUGAUGGACAACAGCCCAAC